AUGGCGACAAAAGAAAAGAAGGAGAAGAAGUCCAAGUCUUCCCGAUCGGAAUCGAAGGCUGAAAAGCCUGAGAAGGUCGUCGAGAUCGAAAAGACCAAAACAACAGAAGAUGUCGACAUGGCAGAGACUGAGCCUGCUUCCGCGAUCAAGCGCAAGAUCGAGCUUGAGGAAAUCGAAGUCGAUGUAGACGCCCCCGAGCCCCCAUCCAAGCGCGCAAAGCGUGCACUCAAGAAGGGCAAAGCUUUGCCCGCGAAGCACGAUAGCGACGAGGAGAAGAAGGGCGAGGAUGCCAAAGAUAAGAAGGCCGCCCGGUCGGAACACAGCGUCUGGAUUGGUAACCUGCCUUUCUACGUUACGGCCGUUGAGAUGCGCAAAUGGCUCGUGGAUAACUCUGGCGGUGUCAUUACCGACGAGAUGAUCACUCGCAUCAAGCUACCGACCAACAAGGAGCCCGGCCGAGACAAGAGCGUCAAGCCUACGAAUAAGGGAUUCGCCUACGUCGAUUUUAACGACAUUGGACCCAAGAUCUCUGCCAUCGCUCUUACUGAGAACGACCUCGGUGGCCGAAAACUUCUUAUCAAGGAUGCGACAUCCUUCGAGGGUCGACCCAAGAAGGAGGCCGAGGCUGCUGAGGAGGGUGCUGCCGAUGGCAAGACCAGCCAGGAGCAGAGGCAAGAGACCAACGCCAGUCGCAAGAUCUUUGUGGGUAACAUGGGCUUCAAGACGACCGAUGACGAUCUGUACAGAAACUUUGAAAAGUGCGGCGAGAUCGAGUGGGUCAAGGUUGCUACGUUCGAGGACACUGGCAAGUGCAAGGGCUUUGGUUGGGUCAAGUUCAAGGAGCCCGAGGCUGCUGCGUGGGCUGUCAAGGGUUUCGUCAAGAUCAAGGAGGCAAUUGAGACAGAAGAGGACUUCAAGGACGAGGAAGAGAAAGACAAGUCUCAAGAGAAGCAGUUCAAGACGCGCAAGUGGUGGGUGAACCGAAUCAUGGGCCGCGACCUCAAGAUUGAGCUGGCCGAGGAUGACCAAGCGCGAUACAAGAAGCGUUUUGGCAAGGACAGACAGGCAGUUCCUGAAGGAGAUAGCAAUCCCCGAGGCCGUCCUCCACCACGUAGAAAUGACCGAGGCAACGGUGGAGCGCGCGAGAGGAAGGGUGACGAUGAUGGUGAGGCAAAGGCUCCUAGGGAAGCAAAGCCUCUUAAGGAGGCUGAAGAUAUUGCUGUUGCGAGAUUGACGGGUGCUGUGGUGAAGCAUACGGGUUCCAAGAUGACGUUUGACUAA